GUAAGUUUGAUUGUUGUUAUAGAGUGCAUACUACAUGAAACUAUUUUUCAUUUAAUAAUGUAGUUAUUAUACGUAUUUUAUUUUCUAUUUAGUUCAUAUAUAUCUUCAGAAACAUGCCGUGAAGCAUCUCAAUAUAGUGAAUGUUCUACUAAUAAAGAUUGUGGUUGUUUUCCUUUGACAACUUCUGAUAAAAGUGGUAUUUGUGGUUUUCUUUGGGUGGCAUGUUCUCGUCUCGAUCCAUGUCAAACCCCUGGUAAUACUUGUGAAAAACCUGAUCACAAAUGUGUUCGCCAUCCCCAGUGUAACAGUGGUUCUGUUUGUUAUCCAAUAUCACACUGGAUGACGCAAGUGAAUUACAAAGUAAUUCAGAUGAAAUGA